CGCAUGCGCGGCACUUCUAAGUCGACAGCUUAGCUAAGCUGAUAAAAGUAGAAGAAAGUCAAAGUUUGCCUCGAUUAUUCAGGUUAUAUACCUCAAAACCUAAAAGAUUAUAGAAAGCAGAAGUAUGGCAGAAGGCGAAGAGGAUGAUUACAUGUCAGAUAGCUUUCUUGUAGAAAGCAAGGAAACAAAACCACGGCAGCUAGCAUGGGGGAAGACGGCUCGUCUAAAUAAAAUGCAUGCCAAGAUCAAGGCAACUACCGAAAAGAACAAAUCGAAAUUUAUACCAAUGAAGGUGCGUGAAGAAGAGCAGAGGCAAAAAGGUCUUAAUAGUGCAAUAUCAACACAGAGCAAAGGGUUUGCUAUGCUGCAGAAGAUGGGCUACAAACAAGGCACAGGACUUGGAAAGACAGGUAGUGGAAGAGCAGAACCAGUGGGCAUUGAAAUAAAGACAGGCAGAGGAGGACUUGGCCAGGAAAAAGAGCUUAAGAGGAAACAAGAAGAGAUGGCAAAAAUGAGGGAAGUAAUGGCCCACAAGAGAGCCAAGAUGGCCGUUCAUCGCAAGGGAAACUUCCUCCAACAGAUGAGCGAGAGAUUCUCAGAGAAGGAGGUGCAGAAGGAUCUAUACAACAGUCAAAAGGCCUGUGCACAUCUUGAUCAUGUACAGGGUUUAAGUGAACCAGAGGUUAUUUGGUACUGGCCAAAAAAGAUGCUACCAGAAGAUGAAGUCGAGAAUGAAGAAGAGGAAGAAGAAGAAGAAGAGAAAGAGGAAGAAGAGCAAGAGGAAGAAAAGGAGAAAGAGGCAGAUGAAUUAUCAAAUUCGGAUAAACUGAGUGAGCUAACCCAAUACUUGAGGACACAGCACCGAUACUGCGUUUGGUGUGGCACUGCAUUCAAUGAUGACAAAGAUUUGGAAGAAAACUGCCCAGGAAACAAUGCUGAUGUACAUAGAUAACACAGAACAGAGGAAUCCAUCAAUUCUAUUUAUUACAUAUGCCCUGGUCCAGUGUUUGUCCAUUUCUACUGUCACUGCACUUUAACAAACAGUGAUAGAAUACUGACAGCUGUUGGAAGCUUCUGAAAGACAAACAUGUGGCAGAUGAUUGGGAUGCUGACUUGAAUGAAGCCAGUAGGAUAAUUUAUGCAUGUAUGGUCAUGCCUAGACAAUAUAUUACCAAGGCUAAACACAAUCAGGGGUUUGGUAUGUGAUCGACCCCUGAAAGUUCCUCUGGAACUUCUGAAAUGUUAAAUAGUGCCUGGUGCACAUUGACCCUAAUGUUCUGCUCGGGACUCCAAGAGUGCAAGUUUCUGUGAUGUAUAGAACCAAAUCAAAGAAUCAAUUGUAAAACUAUACCGUACACAUGUUUGAUGCAUAAUGACCAUUGAACACUGAUGAAGAAAACAAAAACAAGUAUAUGUUAAGUGAUAGGAAAGAUGUAAUCUUUCUUUUUAAUUAUUUAUAUUUCAAAUCUUUUUUACAAAAUAUUUUGGGAAAACAUUGUAAACAUGUAAAUGGUGUAAAAGCAGACGAUUUCUAGAUAUUUAACAUAAAUGCAAUAGUAAAAUACAUAAUUUUCAAUUUACAUACCGGGUAAUUGAGGUAUGGUAUCUGUACUUUGAAGAGGAGUAUCCCUUUUGCCUGCCUAAAUAGUCCCCACCUGAAUUAUGGAGGGAUCAAGGAAAUUACAGAAGUACUAAACACCAUAGAAAAACAACUGACCAGCAAAAUUAUAAUGUUGAUUACAAGUUAUAACAGUGUUAUUUACAAUGGGGUCUCACCAUCAGCCCACCAUAGAAUGAUAUAUGUAUACCGUAGAUACAAUUUCAUAUUUACCCUCAGAAUACAUGCCACGUAUAGUGGGUCUUGAAGUAUAAUGGGCUAACCAGCAGAGUUCAAUAAUUGAUGUUGGGUAUCAAAAUCACACAUUGUCUAACAAAAAGUACCCAGUAAUCAGACCCCUUGUUGAUGGAAAUAAAAACAUGAUGACUCCAGCACUUAGUUUGACCCAAUGAUCUUUCUGUUUUCAAACUGGAGGUAUUGGCCAUCACUUUUGUUAUUUGUUUAAAGUGCAUUUAUUAUUACAUUCACCUCAUAUACAUGUUAUACAAUUUGUAAAUUGUCUCAUGAUUGCCAAACAUAGCUUAAAUACAUGUAUAUGUUCAUGUACACACAUGAUAAUGGGCUGACAUCAUCUCUCUGGUGUAUACUGAUUUGAAACUUCCUUCGGUUCAAGGCCUUGAAGCUCUCGAAACCUUCGCUGCUGGAUCAUCAUUUUCGCACGGGUAUAUCUGCAGUAGGUGCUGUAAAAUAUGGAAAAAAGUAACCCACCUUAAUGUUUUUGGAGAGAAAUCAAAUACAAAUAUUUGAUUUUAAAUGUCUGAAAUUGUAUUUGGAAAUUGAUUUAAAUGCUUUUCUAUGUGCUUUAAACAAAAAAAUCAACAUUGUACAUCGUCCAGGAUAUGCAAAUGUGUAAUGCAUUGUGUAUUUAAAGAAGUAGGCAGUUUGGAUCGGUUCUUAGAGUCACUGGGACCAGCAAUAGGGAUAUUGCACGUCCUGAUAUUAGAAUAUGUUCAAUAUAUUCAAUAGAGCCAUUAUAUGCAUAGAUGUGACAAUACAAGAGAAAGAAAAUACUUUUAUCUGCAAAACACAUUUAUUUAUCUUUGUGGGUAGUUUUGGACUUGCCACCUUCCUGCCUGUAAAAAUUUGGACAAAUAAUCUGUCAUUUUAUUUGAAAAUUGAAUAGUACCUAUAAUUAUAUAAAUAUUUUUUUGGAUAACGUUAUCAUUAUCCAGAAAAUAAAAUGCACUAUAUAUGUACAUGUAGGCAUUAACAUCCAUACAUGUACGUGUCCCAGAUUUUCAGUAAACAACCAUUCAUUGAAUAAGAUUUCACAGAAAAAUACAAUUUUCUUAAUGUUACUAAAAUGUCAUAGGAAUGAGGUGAAAACUUACAAAGAACCCAAGGUGACGGCCACCAACGAAAGGAUACCCAUAUCUGUUGAGCGCUUCACUCGACCUAUAUUCAUGAAAUUACAAAAAAUAAUUAAUACCUGAAGUAGGGGAAGUGGGGGAAAAGGAAUUAAUAACAAGUUUGAGAAGCUUUCCUUGCUAGGCACUUUAAAAUUUGUCGGUGCAAAAAUAAGAAUAAGUAUGUGUGCAAAAGGUCCUUGACCUGAUGAUAGAAUAAGAACGUUCUGUUGGCUGGAGAUGUAAAAUGGCAGUUUAUUACCCAAGCAAUAUAAAGUUUUUAUAAACAUAGGAAAAGUCUCAGGAGUGACAAAAGGAUUAAUAGCUGCCUAACUAAUGAGGGUCUUUCAGCUAUUUUGUCCACUAUUUGGGGACAUUAACAGUGCUAAAAUAAAUCCAAGCCUAUCUGAAAUUUCA